UCAGCUGUCUACUUUGCUGCUUCAUGAAAUCUGAUUGGCGUUGGUAGGUCACGUGGUGCAGUCAUUUGGACUUUAAAUGGACAACGCCGCGCAACGGCACGAAAUUCAUCUUUUGUGUACUUAUAGAGCAGUUCGCGAUUAAACGUCGCUGUCAAAAUUUUUUUAUUCUUUGUACUUGGAUCUUUAUUUAUAUUGCUUUCAAAUGAGGAGAUAACACAGGUCAGGAUGAGUUGGAUAACGUACGACGAAAAGGUGGCACGAGAGACUUACGAGCAACUAAACAUCACUGGUAUAACGGAAAAUGCAGUUUUUCCGAAAGAGAAAGAGACAGGGAACUAUCGUCCUAAAACAUUAGUUGACGAAACUCUCGAGUACAUUGAUCCUACGCCGAAUAUUUAUACCCUCUUUGUUCAAUUCAAUGCAAAAUUCUUCUGGAAUGUUUUGCUACCUGUGCAAGUCAAGUGGAGUCCAAGAAUGACAUCUUGUGCUGGGAUUUGUUCGUUCCAUCCUAGAAACAGGGAGUGUGUUAUAUCGCUAAGUACACCACUGUUAAAGUUGAGACCCAGAAAAGAUUUAAUCGAGACUUUACUGCAUGAAAUGAUACAUGCAUACUUGUUUCUUACCAAUAAUAAUAGAGACAGAGAUGGGCAUGGUCCAGUAUUUCAGAGUCAUAUGAAAAGAAUUAACCAAGAGGCAGGAACUAAUAUAACUAUCUAUCACUCAUUUCAUGAAGAAGUGAGGCUGUAUCAACAACAUUGGUGGAGAUGUAAUGGGCCAUGUCAAAAGAGAGCACCAUACUUUGGGACUGUAAGAAGAGCAAUGAACCGAGCACCAGGUCCAAGCGACUUAUGGUGGAAGGAACAUCAGUUGACUUGUGGAGGUCAAUUUAUCAAAGUGAAAGAGCCAGAAAAGCCAGAGAAAAUCAAGAAAAAAGGCGAUGCAAAGGGUCGUACUAGUACUAGUACAGUAACUAAACCAUCUGAAAAUAAUAGUUUAACAAACUGGGUGAUAAAGACUGAUAGCAAUAAGGACAAAAAGAUUCCCAAUAAGCCUAAUCAACCACCAAAGGCUAAUGGAAACAAUAUUAAAAAACCAAACGCUCAAUCACAAGACACUGGUUUGAGUAAACCAGUGCCGAAAACAACAAGUACAAAAUCUAAUUCAGUAUCAAAUUUCCAAACUGACUUAACAAAACUAGGCAAUAGUACUAAUAAUGUACAUGGAUGGGGUACAGGAGGCCCUAGUGUUAGUAGUAAUAAACCAAGUCCUAAACCACAAGUAAAAGGUUGGAAUAACACUAAAUCCAAUUCAACAUCAAAUGUCCAAACUGACAUGAAGAAACUUGGUAACGGUACUAAUAAUGUACAUGGAUGGGGCACAGGUGGCCCUGAUGGUAGUAGUAGUAGUUCCAGCAGUGGCAAUAGAAAUUCUACAAACAGUAGCAAUUCUAGCUUGUCUUUCUCUGGUACAUUAGGGGGUGCCGGCACUGGAAGAAGCAUAUUACUAGAUAAAUUUUCCAACACGUCUGCAACUAAUAAUACUCAAAAAACUAGUUCACUGAAUCGAACUAAUAAAACUCAAAAAACUAAUUCAAUGAAUCUAUCAAACUCUAUGAAAACUAGCCCAUUAGUAAAAUCUACAACCAGCACAAACAGCAGUUUCAGUGUUGAAACUGCCUCAGUCAAAACUGUGUUAUGCCCCAUUUGUAACAAAUCUGUUGAUGAAUUAAAAAUUAAUGAACAUCUGGACACAUGCCUUGAUAGUCCGCAAGAGCCAGAAGUUAUUUCAGAUAGUUCACAUAAAAAGAGGAAAAGUGAAGAUCAUUACUCUACAUCAAAUAAGAAACUAAAAGAUGAAAAUCAGCAGACAUCUUCAGAAACAAUAGAUUGUCCUAUGUGCUCCAAAAAAUUACUGCCUGUCAAUUUUAAUGAUCAUUUGCAAAAAUGUUUAUCAAGUGACAUGCUUGAAGAAGAAGAUGAUGUAGUGUCACUUCAUGAUUCUAGCUCUAGUUCUAUAAAUUUACAUGACUCUCCUCAUCAUUGUUUGAUUUGCGAUAAAAAAUUAGAACCUGGCAUGAGUUUGAAUGAACAUUUAGAAGAAUGUGUUGCUUCGGUAUUUAAUGAAAGUAAUGACGAUGAUUUUGAAGAGAAAGACAGCAGUACUGGUGACAAAUCAAUUAAGACUGAGAAGGAAGUUUUGGAACGGUAUCCCUGCCCUAUUUGCAUGUCAUUAAUUGAAGAAUCAUUCAUGAAUGACCACGUUGACAUGUGCUUAGCCAAAUCUAAAUAAGUACAAUUGUUAUGCAGAGUUAAUAACUCUAGGACUAGUGGUUACUUUAUUCCAGCAAAUUUGCUUUAGCUUUCAGUUUUUUACAGUACAUAUUAUGUACACUUAUCAAGCAUAUAUUCACUUAACAUUUUCGUUUUACAUUUCAUAGAUUAGUUCAUGUAUUUUCAGCAACUAGUUCAGGAGUUAUUCAAAGUUCCUAUAUUGUCAAUGUAAAUAUAAAAAAAAAACUUAAAGCCAUGAAAAAUAAUAGGAUCCUGGUGAUACUUUUAAUUUAAACAUAAUUUAUAAUGUUAUAAUAUAAUUUUUUUGUAUCAAAAAUACAUUUUUCUAUAAAAUCGUUAAAAUGUGCGUUGA